UUGGUUGAUUUAUGCGAGGGAGCAGAGGCGUUAAAUUUGCCAGAUAUCGGUCACAAUGACGGUGAUAUUCAGGCCUCCAUUAGAAGAAGAACGGUCCGUGGAAAAACAUCCACACCCAUAUCAUGAUGAUAGCAUCCCCUGGACUCCGAAUCUUGCCAUUAUUCCCUCUAUAGAUGCAUUUGACGUGUCGUCUUUUCUACAAAACUACUGUGGUUGGUCUGUAGAACGAUUACGGAAUAAGAAAUCCGACAGUGGAUACAAGCUUCAUUGCUCUGGUCACAUCUAUGAUGUCGUAAUGGCUAUGUUAGGUGAAGACGUGUGUUUCAUUAAGGGAAAGUGUGUUCCUGAAACAAGGCAGUCGAAUGAUCCCUACAUUCCAUGGAUUCAGGUUGAAAAGUCAGGACAUAUAUUUUCAGCAGAAUGCACAUGUGUUGCAGAUGAUGGGUCCUGCAAACAUGUUGCCGCCCUCCUAUUUGGCAUUAUUGAUCACGUCACAUCCAUGGAAGACCGAAGUACCAUCGGUGUCACAGAUACCGCAGCAUAUUGGAAUAAACCAAGAAAAGUAUGCAGGCCAGUAGCUGUUCAUGACUUGGAUAUCAGGUAUUGA